AUGUUGGUGCCAGGCUACCAGCAUGUAGGGGAAGGUCGAGGCGAAUACGACGUUGAGCGAGUCCGCACCUUUAAGUUCUACAAGCCGAAAAUCCGAUGUGUUUGUUGCGGUGUAGUGCUGAUCCUACUUGGCCUGUUUGCGGUGCUGUACCGCAUGGAGGCACAAGUGUUGCACGGGCACGACGAACCGCUUGGAGAUCCAUUUCCCUGCACUUGGACCAGUGGGACUGCCACGACGGUCAUGAGAACUCUCAUCGAAGCGGCAUGGAGGUGUGCAGAUUCUGACCAGAGAGCGGCCAGCGUGUCCGAGAGUUGCCAGGAGCUCUUGGAUCUGGCGCCUGUGGCGCAGAAGCUCUCGAAAGGGGAUCGGAACGGAAACGGCAUGCUUGAUCGUGAAGAGUUUGAGGCCGCAUUAGCCGAUGACAGCAGUGCCGCUGAUGCCCUAUGGUUCGAUGUUGAUGCAAACCAUGAUGGAGAGGUGGACGAGCAGGAGCUUCAAGACGCCGAACGGCGACAGCUGCUUCCCGCCACCUUGGCGGCAAUGCUUCUUGCCGCAGACGCAGAUUCAGACGGCACACUUGGUCGGCAAGAAUUUCUCAGUGUUGCCAGGCCUUAUACAGAAGGACGUGGCAUGGAGGAUGCCAAGGCAGCAUGGUCGCUUCUGGACGGGAAUGGUGACGGCCUCGUCAACGACCAGAGACUGACUUCCGUUGCCGCUUGGGCGAAACUGCCUCCGCAGAUGUUGCUGCAGCUCAUCCCAGCUGGACAAUCUUCCCUGUCCAAAGACGACUUCCUGUCAUCAAUGGUAGCACUACCAAGCGAGGAGUGGCCUCUCGAUCAGCAAACUUGGUGCUGCCAUCACAGAGGCAUGUGCUUCUCCACGACUACAUCGACUCCAGUGCCUUCUGAGCCAUUGCGACCGCAGUACGACUGCCACGUCGGUUACGACGACUGGUGGCAUCGCUGGGACUAUCGGAAGCAGGUAUGGUGUUGCACGCAUUAUGCACGUGGCUGUCCGCAUGGAACGUUUCCACCAAGCUUCGCGAGCUCCGCCCCAUUCGACUGCUCCGCAGGGUAUGCCAACUGGAGAAGAGGAUGGUCGGCUCACAAGAAGACUUGGUGUUGCAGGCACGCCAAUCGCGCCUGCUUCAUGUACAAUUGCAGCCGCAGUGAAGAUUGGCUAACCGACUGGACCUUCUCAAAGAAGGAGUGGUGCUGCAGACAUGCUGGCACCGGGUGCCUGAGCUCCACCUCUCUGGCAUUCGACUGCCAUGCCGGCUUCUCCAACUGGAGAGCUGGAUGGUCUAAUCCGAAGAAGGCUUGGUGCUGUAAGCACUACGAUUUGGCCUGCGUGGAGGAGCCCUUUGAUUGCAGUGCUGGUUCUCAGAACUGGCAGAGGGGAUGGUCGGCAAAGAAGAAGGAUUGGUGCUGCAGUCAUCACCGUGUCGGGUGCAGUACUGGCUCGAUCCACACCUUCAAUUGCAGUGCUACGGAUGUCACCUGGAGUCCUCGCAAGCAGGCGUGGUGCUGCCUUCACCUGAACCUGGGAUGCCCUGACGACGAUGACGAUUUCAAUUGUGGUGUUGGUUAUCACCACUGGAGGUCGCACUGGUCUGAUGGCAAGAAGGCGUGGUGUUGCAAGCACUAUCACCGCGGGUGUGAUUUUAACUGCAGCCUGUCGCCGACCUGGAAGACCUCAUGGUCUCCAGAGCGCAAGGCGUGGUGCUGUCAGCAUAAGGGCUCCGGUUGCCCUGGCGAUGAGACGCCACGUUUCGACUGCAGUACUGGAUCGUCUUGGCCAUCAGCAAAACAAGAGUGGUGUUGCAAGCACGAGCAGCGUGGCUGCGGGGCGAUGCACGAACUCUACAAUUGCUCUGGCGCAAGUCAGCAAAGCUCUUGGUCAGACCAGCGGAAGGAUUGGUGCUGCAGGCAUCAUCGCCUCGGCUGUGAGUACGAUUGUUCUGACUUCCAUCUCCGAGAAGGGUGGUCCUCAAUCCAAAGGGAGUGGUGUUGCGAUCACAUGGGUUUUGGCUGCAGCAGGUAG